GAGUAAUGCCCGUGUAGUAUUUUAAACCACACAAUCGCUUUAAGUUGUAAGUAACAGCAAUACGUGCAAGGUGAAACACAUUGAGCUAUUUAGUUUCGAGUUCUAAUACCUUAAUAAUAUCCAGGAUGCCAGCGAGGAUUAAAAAACCAACAUGCGAGGGUAUCAAAAAAUGGAUGCGAGCGAAUCUACUGCUUAUCGCCACGAUUAUCGGGUCCUUCCUCGGAAUUGCUUUAGGACUAAUACUUCGUCCAUUUAAGCUACCAAAGCGAACAUUGGAAAUCGUUGCCCUACCAGGAGACCUUUUUAUGAGAGCUUUGUACUUGAUGGUUGGUCCUCUGUUACUUUCUAGUAUCAUUAGUGGUCUGACUGGAGUAGAAAGCGAAAAUGUGGGAGCUGCUGGAGCCCUGGUUACUGUAUAUUACCUUGCGACGACUGUAUUUGCGUCGGGUCUUGGUGUUACUCUUGGGCUUAUUGGUCUAGGAAAUGAUGGCGACAAUAAUUCAAGUAGAAGUAGCAUGAGUGAUACACGAAAAGUUUCUACCACAAUGGGAGAUGUUGUCGUCGACAUAUUUAGAAAUCUUGUCCCAGACAACAUAGUUAGAGCUUUUAUGCAGACAGAGAAUACGAAAUAUAGAGUUCCAAACUCGGAUAAUAUUCAUGUGAAUACUAAUCAAACUGACAUUGCUGAAUUUGAAAGAUAUAUCGCGUAUUCUGACAGCGUAAAUUUUAUUGGAAUUAUAAGCUUCAGUGUUUUAUUCGGAGUUGCUUUGGGAACGAUUGGAAAGCAGGGAGAAAUACUGAAAAGGAGCAUCAAUGGAUUAAACCACGUCGUAAUGAAAAUGAUAACUUAUAUUAUGUAUACAUCACCCAUAGGCGUUCUAUUCUUGAUUGCUGGCAAUAUUGCAAUGGCUGAAAAGUUGGAAGAAUCAAUUAAAAAACUCGCGUUACUCAGUGUGCUAGCAUUGACUGGUGUUUUUAUACAUACAAUAUUUGUUUCUCUACUCUACUUUGCCAUUUUGAGGCGAAAUCCUCUACGUUUGAUCGCUAAAACAAAAGAAGCAUUGGUGAUGGCUUGGGCAACUGCCUCUAGUUACGCAGCGUUGCCUGUAACAAUUCACUGCUUGGAGGAAAACGUGAAAAUUAGCAAAGAAAUAACAAGACUUGUUCUACCCAUCGGGGCAACUGUUAAUAUGGAUGCGGGAGCAAUACAUAUGAGUUUAUUCAUCAUCUAUGUUUCUCGAUUAUAUAACGUUACCUUGGGAUUUGGUCAAGUUAUGAAAAUCGUACUAUAUUCUGCCUUUGCAAGUAUUGGAUCUGCAGCAAUUCCACAGUCGUUUUUAACUGCUGCAUUGAUCGUUCUAAAAUCGUUGGAACUGCCUACUCGAGAACUUGGAUUGUUGUUCACGAUUGAAUGGUUCAUCGAUCGCUUCAAAACAGCUCUAAACGUUUAUGGAGAUUGCGUGGGAACGUGUAUGGUAAACCACUGGCGAAACAAAAAGUAUACAAAUGAUGGAGAUAAGACACACAAAAGGUCCUCAAAUAACACAGUGCAAGUUGAAGAAGGCGACACCAAAGUACAGGAAGAAACUGUUUAAAAAAACUGUUGCGCAUAACGUAAUAGAUGUGUGAAAGGGUAUCAAGAUUCUAAAAAAGGAUUUCAGGUUUAGACUAAGUUCCUCAUCAUCUGCCGUCUGUAAAUAAGAAUCCUUCUUAGUGUAGCGAAACAUGAUUUGAAGAUGAAUUAUACGAUCUUUCAACCUCCGGGUAAAAAAGUAUGUGCUCAUUACACGCAAAACAACUACAGGGCAGCCUAAUUUCAACAGUGUGAGAUUGAUCACGUGAUUUCUUCGCACGAAUUAUGGCCAGCGCCUAAACGUCAUUGCCACUAAAUUCUAUAUACUAUUUCGUAUGCAUGUAUUAACGUUAUAUUUUGUUUAAUUUAUCUGUUACUGAAAACGAUUAAAGC